ACUCCAUUUCCCAUCAUGCCCCGCUCUCCCUCCCUUCCCGUGGCGCCGCGCGCGCGGAGUGUGACGUCACCCGCCGCGCCGUGCCGUCACUCGGGCGCCGCCAUGCUGCGGGCGCUGAGGCGCUGCCGCUCGGGGUCCGUCCCGCUCCCAGGCCUGGCGGCCGCGUUGGACCCCGGCCCCUUCCCGGGGCUCUGCGCCCCCUUGGCCCCGCGGGCGGUGCCGGCGCGGGGCCGCAAGACCCGGCACGACCCCCCCGCCAAGUCCAAGGCGGGCCGGGUGAAGCUGCCGCCGCCCGUGGACCCCGAGGAGCUGCUGGUGGUGCUGGAGCGGUACCGGCAGCACCGGCUGGUGCUCAGCGCCCUCCGGGCGGAGUUCAGAGCCGAGGUGCUGCAGAGGAAGCGGGAGGAGCGCCUGGCUGCCGAGGGCUCGGUGGAGGAGCUGGAGGAGCACCGGCGGCUAAUGGCCUGGAACGAGGAGGAGAACGCCCGGCAGAGGGCCCGCAGAGAGGAGAGACUCAGGAAAGAAGAGGAGGAGCAGAAGAGGAGGAAGUUAGAGAUUGCAGAGAAACAGGCCAGGAAAAUAGAGGCUUUCUUGGAGGAGAAGGAAAAAGAGGUUCUCCAGCUGCAGGAGGAAGCCAAAAACUUCAUCACCCCCGAGAACCUGGAGGCUCGGAUCGAGGAGUGCCUGGACAACCCCCGGAACUACAACUUCGCCAUCGACAAGGACGGGCGCAUCGUCAAGCGCACGGUGCUCUCAUAGCAGCCCUGGCAGGGGGCUCCCGACCUGCCUUGUGUCCAGAGCCCCCCCAUAACACACAGAUCCUUCCUUGGAAUGUAUAAAUUGGCCACAGAAGUGGUGGAGAAGGGGUCUGGCUGUGCUGCCUCCAAAGGGUUAACGCAGCGGGAAAGGGGGUGAGGGGAAACUUGGAGGCUCCAGCAGCCUGGCUCAGCCCUGUUGCUGUGCCUGUGAUCCCACCUCCCACGUGUUUGGAUCUCUGCUGCCUUCACACACAGCAUGUGGGGAGGAGCAGGAGCAGUCCCGAGGCAGAGCCUGGCUCAGCUCCUCGCUGUCAGCUCCUCUGGAUGCUUCCAAAAGCAAAGAAGGGCUGAAUGGAUUUGUAGGAAACACUGACCUUCCCUUUUUUGUUGUUGGGGGAAGGAAUUAAUUGUAAUCCUGAUUUCACACUUCAAACCCUCCUUUGCACAUCCCUUGGUGUGGCUGAAUAAGAAAAUGUGUUUGAAUGA